AUGACUAAGUUAAUGAAAAAAACUGUUAAAAGAAAACACACAGCACUAGAGGAAGUGGCUGAAAAGUCUCCAGAACCUUUACCAGCCGUUAGAAACUCUGAAGAGCCUAUUCAGAAAAAGAGGAAAUGGACCAACAAGCAGCGAGUGUUGGUCUUUGCGUCUAGAGGUAUAAAUCAUCGCGAUAGGCAUUUGAUGGAGGACAUAAAGAAAAUGAUGCCCCACCAUAAACCUGAAUCGAAAAUGGAACGAUCCAAAACUCUAAGCGUUGUAAAUGAGCUUUGUGAAAUGAAAAAUUGUAACAAAGCCAUCAUGUUUGAAGGCAGGAAAAAGCAAGACUUGUACAUGUGGCUUUCAAAUGUGCCUAAUGGACCUAGUGCAAAAUUUUUAGUUGAAAAUGUUUCUACGAUGGCCGAAUUAAAACUUACUGGAAAUUGUUUGAGAGGUUCAAGACCUUUGCUGAGUUUUGACAAAAACUUCCAGAAUGAACCCCAAUAUAGUUUAUUGAAGGAAUUAUUAACACAAAUUUUUGGUGUUCCAAAACAUCAUCCAAAAAGUCAGCCUUUCUUCGAUCAUGUCUAUACCUUUACGAUUUUAGACCAUAGGAUUUGGUUUAGGAACUUCCAAAUCUUAUCUGAGGAUGGUGCAGUGGCAGAAAUCGGUCCUAGAUUUGUACUAAACCCUGUAAAAAUAUUCUCUGGUAGUUUUUCUGGACAAGCUCUGUGGGAAAACCCUCAUUAUUUGAGUCCGGCAAGGUACAGGCAUCAAGUACGACUCCAAGCAAAGAACAAGUAUUUAGACAGAGUUCAGCAAAAAACUAAUGCAGAAAUCAACAAGCCCGAUGGUUCAACAAAGCCAAAAAUACCCUUGGAGGACAUUUUUAAAGGAGACCCAGUAGAAAAAGCCGAAGAAUUGAAUAAAGAACAGGAACUAGAAAAGACCAAGGAGAAAAAAAUGGCGAAAAAGAAGAAAGUUUUGAAGAAAGGAGGUACAAAAGUUUUGGUAUCUAAAGCUAAGAAAGUUAAGAAGUAA